AUGAACAGCUUGAGAGGUGCCAUCCUUAUCUGGGCAGUGGCAGCAUGGGCUAAAAUGAACAAAUCUCUGGGAGACACAGAUGAGGAUGGAUUUCAAAAAUGCAAGAAUGCCUUAAAACUACCUGUUCUGGCAGUCUUACCUGGAGGCGGCUGGGAUAAUCUGCGGAAUGUGGACAUGGGACGGGUGAUGAGCUUGACUUACACCCACUGUAGGACCACAGAGGAUGGACAGUACAUCGUCCCUGAUGAGGUCUUUACCAUUCCCCAGAAAGAGAGCAACCUGGAGAUGAACUCAAAAAUCCUGGAGUCCUGGGAGAAUUACCAGAGUAGCACCUCCUACUCCAUCAACAUGGAGCUCUCCCUUUUUUCCAAAGUCAACGGCAAGUUCUCCCCUGAGUUCCAGAGGAUGAAGACCCUUCAGGUGAAGGACCAAGCUGUAACUACCCAGGUUCAGGUAAGAAACCUGGUCUACACAGUCAAAAUCAACCCAGAUGCAGAGCUAAGCUGGGGGUUUAAGAAGGAUCUCAUGGACAUCGUUGAGCGUCUGGAGAACAACCAGACACGGAUGGCCACCUACUUGGCGGAACUCCUGGUCCUCAACUACGGUACCCAUGUCAUCAGCAGUGUGGAUGCAGGGGCUGCUCUCAUUCAGGAGGACCACAUCAGAUCUUCCUUGCUCCAGGACGGCCAGAGCAGCCGCAGUGCGGUGACAGCGUCCGCUGGAAUCACCUUCCUAAACAUCGUGAACUUCAAAUUUGAGGAGAACUACACCUCACAGGACGCCUUCACCAAGAGCUACCUCUCCAACAGAACCAACUCCAGGGUGCAAAGCAUUGGAGGGCUUCCUUUUUACCCAGGCAUCACCCUCCAGACUUGGCAGCAGGGUAUCACCAACCACCUGGUGGCCAUGGACCGAGCUGGCCUGCCUCUGUAUUUCUUCAUCAACCCUGACAGGCUGCCUGACUUGCCAGGACCCUUGGUGAAAAAGCUGUCUAAGACAGUGGAAACUGCCGUGAGACGCUAUUACGCAUUCAACACCUACCCCGGCUGCACAGAUAUCAAGUCGCCCAACUUCAAUUUCCAGGCCAACAUGGAUGAUGGCUCUUGCGAGGGAAAAAUGACCAAUUUCUCCUUUGGCGGAGUUUACCAGGAAUGCACCCAGUUCUCAGGGAAUGAGGUUGUCCAACUCUGCCAAAACUUGGAGCAGAAGAAUCCACUCACUGGCGAUUUCUCCUGCCCCUCUGGCUACACCCCAGUCCAGCUGCUAUCCCAGACCCAUGAGGAGGGUUACAACCACCUGGAGUGUUCACGGAGGUGUACCCUCCUCAUCUUCUGCAAGAGGGUGUGUGAAGAUGUCUUCCGGGUGGCCAAGGCAGAAUUUAGGGCUUUCUGGUGCGUGGCCAGUGGCCAAGUACCUGAAAACUCGGGACUACUUUUUGGUGGCCUCUUCAGCGAUAAGAGCAUCAACCCUUUGACAAAUGCACAGUCAUGCCCAGCUGGCUAUUUUCCACUGAGACUUUUUGAAAACCUGAAGGUAUGUGCCUCUCAGGACUAUGAGUUGGGAUAUAGGUUUUCCGUCCCAUUUGGUGGGUUCUUCAGCUGUGCAGUCGGGAACCCCUUGGUGGAUUCUGCCAUGUACAAAGAUUUAGGGGCACCUUCUCUAAAAAAGUGUCCAGGGGGUUUCAGCCAACACCUAGCCCUCAUCAGUGACGGGUGCCAAGUGUCUUACUGCGUCAAAGCCGGGCUUUUUACAGGAGGGUCUCUGCCUCCCGUCAGGCUCCCACCUUACACCCAACCACCCCUCAUGAGUCAGGCUGCCACCAACACUGUCCUAGUGACUAAUCUUGAGACUGCAAGCUCCUGGGUUAAAGAUUCCCAGAGCCACCAGUGGAGGCUGGGAGAGCCUCUCGAGCUUCGCAGGGCCAUGAAGGUCAUCCAUGGGGACGGUAGUGGUCUGUCUGGGGGGGCCGCAGCCGGGGUCACACUGGGGGUCACCACCGUCCUGGCAGCUGUCAUUGCCCUGGCUAUCUACGGCACCCGGAAGUACAAGAAGAGGGGAUACCAGACGGUCCAAGACGAGAGGCAGAGUUUGGUUACAGGCACGGCCGUGAAUGGAGACGCCCUUGACCAAGAACAGGUGCAGAGCCCAGCCUAAACUCUCCCAGGAAACUACUUCUCUCGUCUCCAGCCAGAGCUUCAAGCAUGUCUUUCAUUUUUUCUUUCCACUUCUGCCUUCCUAAGUAUUGAUGUGGCAAAUGCAACAAAAGGCAGGUAUAACUUUGUGACUUUCUUAGGUCUUUGGGCCAGGAAAU